AUUUUAACGAGAAAAAAAGUAAUAUUAUGAGGAAAAAUAAUGUCAUUUUAAUAGCAUAGAAUUAAAUUUUUGUAUUUUUUUAAGUGGUAAUGUUGCAUGUGAAGUCGACGUUAAUGAUGUGCUUUUCCACCUACAGUAUAUGACAAAGCUGAGAUGAAAUAUGUAGAACUUUUUAGCAUAUUCACAAAAUAUCAAAGUGACAAAGUUGCAUCCUUUCAUUGUUCACAUUGUGGCCCUCGCUGGGAAAAUGUUUGGACACCCCUGGUGUAAAUACUAAGUUACGGUGUCCUGUAGGGGGUGCUCGCCUUCAAACAGAAUGUGGAAAAACGGUAUAAAUAACGGUAUAAAUAAUUCAUCUUUGCUGUUGUCUAUUUGGGGUGGAGGGGGGGUUAUCACAGUCGGGUCUGGAACCAAUGAACCGCCAUAAAUAAGGGAUUACUGCAGGCUGUUUUUUUUACAGGCCAGCGGCACAUUUUAAAAAUACUAUUUAUGAAGAAAACUAAAAUAAACCCCCCCAAAAAAUGGAAAAAUCAGCAGUAUAAAUAAGUCAUCUUUGUUGUUGUCUAUUUGGGGUGGGGGGGGGUUAUAAAAAGUGUGUCACCUGACAUUCCUGCAUGAUCAGCAAGUCAUGAGUUGGUGGUUGCCUGCAGGGAAGGUGAAACAACUCCUUCCCUCCCAUCAGCUGAGAUGAGCAUGUGGACACUUGCCACUUUCUUUUCCCAUCCGCCGUGUCCUUUAAGGAGCACGCUUCCCUUCCCAGCUAUCUGCAGAACAAAAGCGCAUCUUGUGCAGGAGCGUGUCAAAAGACCAGAAGUUUGAAUCUGCCAUUCAGAAGUACACCACAGGAUCACUGCGAGCAGAAGCCAAAUCAUCAUUUUUGUAAGGCUCAUUAAAUAAGUACGCUUAUAUAAGCUAUAAGAUAGAAUGAGGUUGGGCUUAAAAACACACUUUUUGUCUGCUUGAUUGAACAAAUGAAACAUUUCGUAGCGGUGGCCGAUACUGCAAAUCUUUAUUAUCUGAGCUAUUUUUUAUGUCAUCAGAUUUAUCAUUCUCCCUGAAUCACCACCUCAUCGUGGUGGAGGAGUUUGUGUGCCCGAGUGAUCCUAGCAGCUAUGUUGUUUGGGGCUACAUGCCCCUGGAAGGGUCUCCCAAGGCAAACAGGUCGUAGGUGACGGGCCAGACCAAGAGUGAUUUAGAAGACCUUAUGAAAAACACAAGACGAGGGACCGCAACUCGCCCGGACUUGGGAUAUCGGGGCCUCACCCUGAAGGGGCUCGCAGGCAAGCGCCCGGUGGUCGGGCCUUCACCCGUGGGGCCCGGCGUGAGGUCAAUAGGCGGAUCGGCGCAGCGUCUGCAGUUAUGCGGUCGCUGUACCGGACCGUCGUGGUGAAGGCAGAGCCGUGCCGGAAGUCAAAGCUCUCAAUUUACCGAGAGUAGAGCCGCUGCUCCUUUGCAUCAAGAGGAGCCAUUUGAGGUGUCUCGGGCAUCUGGUCCGGAUGCCUCCCGGAGGUGAGGUGUUCCUGGCAUGCCCAGCAGGGAUAAGGCCCCAGCGCAGACCUACGACACCAUGAAGGGAUUAUGUCUCACAGCUGGUCUGGGAACGCCUUGGUGUCCUCCUGGUGGAACUGGAGGAGGUGGCCGGGGACCGGAAAGUCUGGGAUUCCCUCCUGAGACUGCUGGCCCCGCGACCCGGUUAAGUGCAGGAAAAAGGACUGAUGGAUGGAUUUAUCUGCAUGAUGUCAUAAUUCAUAAUCGGCCCUAUAAUGAACAGUCCGAAGAUCGUGCAACCCUAAUUAUUAUUAUGAUGUUAUUAUUGUGCCUGCUGUGAGAUCAUUCAAACCUGCAAUAAAAACCUGUUGUUCUGGCGAUCAAGUCUGGUGCUUGUCUCAAUGAACAAUUACUGACACCUAGUGAUCAAUGCAGAAUACUACAUUCACAACUUGUAUUUGAUUGUUUUUGUACUGUAUUUCAUUAAGCCAUUUUUAUGCUUGAAAAUGCUUUAUUUAGGCAAAAAAAUAUGUACAACUUGCUUAAAUAUGCAUACCUUUUAAUGAAUAAUAAGCCAUAUCCAACCAGGAAACAGCAUCAUUUAUUCAUUAAUUUACACUACUGCUCAAAAGUUUAAGAACAGCCCAAUUUGUCCAUUCAUUUAUUGAAAUUUAAGUGGUUCAAGUCCAGCUAAUAGCUUGAGUGGUACAAAGGUAAGCGGUGAAGUGGCAGAGGUUAAAAAAAGGCAAGGUUAGCCAAAAGUGAAAAAUAAUGUGUAUUUCAGAAUGAUACUGUUUCAGGGACCACAAAAUGGGUUAACAAUUUAAAGCUGUUGUGCAGAAAUGGAGGUUGAUCAAGCCUUGGCAGUUGGCAAGGAACAAUGGAAGAGAGACAGACCAUCCUAACACUUCAAAAUUGAGUUUUUUUCCUCUUCUACAACUUUGGACCGGUAGUGUAUGUUUGAAAAAACCUGACUUUUGUGAGAUUGUGCGCCUUUUUUUUUAUUUUAAGUCGCAAAUCAUUGGACGUUUUUUUAGUUGACUAAAAGAAUUCCUUGUCCAGCAGGGUUGCCAGUCCCGUUGCAUCAGUAGUUGUUCAUCUUUGGAACAAGCGCAUCACACGGGUUUGCUGCAUGCAAGGUAGGUUGGAUUGCAAGGUUUAUAGUGUGCAUAAAGCACUUUAUGUGCACUUCUGAUCCUGCCUUUGGCAUUAAAAUGUUCCAUUCAUUCAGGACUCAAUGGCUGUCUAAUUUCCCACAUUUUAUGGAAUUCCACAUUUUCCCUUCCCAUUGAAAAUGGAUGCAUAGUUCCACAAUUGACAACCAAUUCAAACCAUUCACACCCCAGGAAUCCCAUCUUUCCUAUGAUUUCACAUUCUCCACACAACAUUGUGUGACUUGUUCUGUCAGCCAAUAAAAUGGCCUGGGAGCUGAAGCAGCAGUGACGCGGACCAGAGCCCCGGCAGGGAUGAACGUGUCUGCCAGGUCCUACCAGGAGGGGGUGUUCCUGGGUAACGUCACUGUGGCUUACCUCCCCAACUCCAGCCUGCCCUCAAACAAGACCGGCACCAUGAAGCCUGCAGCUUGUGAGCAAGCCCACAUUGCCGUGGAGCUCUUUCUGACUCUGGGGAUCAUCUCCCUGCUAGAGAACAUCCUGGUCAUCACAGCCAUCAUUAAGAACAAGAACCUUCAUUCACCUAUGUACUUCUUCAUCUGCAGUUUGGCUGUAGCCGACAUGCUAGUGAGCGUGUCCAACGCCUGGGAAACGGUGGUGAUUUACCUGCUCAACAACAGACAGCUCGUGGUGGAGGAGCACUUCAUCCGACACAUGGACAACGUGUUUGACUCCAUGAUCUGCAUCUCCGUGGUUGCAUCCAUGUGCAGCCUGGUGGCCAUUGCUGUGGACAGGUACAUCACCAUCUUCUACGCACUGAGGUACCACAACAUCAUGACAGUGAGGCGAGCUGGCUGCGUCAUCGGGGGGAUCUGGACCUUCUGCACAGGCUGCGGGAUCAUCUUCAUCAUCUACUCGGACACCACCUCGGUCAUCAUCUGCCUGGUGGCCAUGUUCUUCAGCAUGCUGCUCAUCAUGGCCUCCCUUUACAGCCACAUGUUCAUGCUGGCGCGAUCACACGUCAAGCGCAUCGCCGCCCUGCCCGGCCACAACACCAUCCACCAGCGGACCAGCAUGAAGGGCGCCAUCACCCUCACCAUUCUCCUGGGCAUCUUCAUCAUCUGCUGGGCGCCCUUCUUCCUCCACCUCAUCCUCAUGAUAUCCUGCCCGAGGAACGUCUACUGCGUGUGCUUCAUGUCCCACUUCAACCUCUACCUCAUCCUCAUCAUGUGCAACUCCGUCAUUGACCCGCUCAUCUACGCCUUCAGGAGUCAGGAGAUGCGCACAACUUUCAAGGAGAUCGUGUGUUGUUUCAACCUGCAGAACUGCUACACCAACAUCUGCGCUCUGACUGCUGAGUGCUGAGCAUCGCAGAGGAAAUGUGUCGAGUACAACUUCAUUGCUAAUGGUAUACAUACGUACUUUGAGCUGGACCGAUAUCAUAUCAUGCUAUGAUAUCGUUAUUAUUAUCACAAAACAGUUGGACUGUCGGCAGUUAUGCAGUUAUGUUCCCUGGCACCGCUCUGCUGUACUGCAGCGUUUUUGUAUCCUUGUUAAAACAUAUUGCUCCUGUCGGCGUAUUUUCCUCCUCUUCGUCAUCCUUCAUGAACCGAAGAUUGAUUUACAGUGUUCCCUCGCUACAUUGCGGUUCCCCUUCUACAGACUCGCUGUUUCGCACAUUUUGUGUGUGCAAUUUUGCAUGUUUUUUGUAAACAGCGUAUGACCGUGCAUUGUGUCGCGCGUCUUUGUGGUGUAUUAGAUCGAUCUAUAGGUGCUCUGUUUUAUGUGUGUAUUUACUACUGCUACCAGUAGAGGGUGUUAUAUACUAUGUGAGAGUUCCACCUAGUAGUAUGUGUUUACGUGCUUGUACCAGCAUAUUAGGAACCCACCGUAGACAAUAGCCAGCUAAACAUAGAGCCACAACAGUCCUUAUUGGCUAAGGGAGAACCUGCCCGUUGUGUUCUGCAUCCUGAUUGGCUGUAGACCAAAUCGGAGCAUCCCUACUCUCAACAUAAAUGUACACUUCUGUCAUUUUUCAUCUAACUCUGAUACAGUCAUCCGGGGGUGUCCAAAGUGCCGCUCCAGGGCCAUUUGUGCAUGUUUUUUUAAUUUGUCCCGUCUCACAUUCUCAAAAUAGAAUUUAAAAAUAAAACCCAAAAAACCCAGCAAAAAUCAGCAGUAAUUUUACAAGAAUAAAGUCAAAAUAUUAAGAGAAAACGUUAAAAAGCCGCAGUUUUACAAGCAUAAACUCUUAAUUUUAACAGGAAAAAUAAUAUUAUUUUAGUAGUACAGAGUUGAAAUAUUGAAUAAAAACACUUUAAAAAAGUGGUACUAUUAUGAGAAACAUGCCAUUGUCUGGCAACUAGUCCGGGGUGUACCCCACCUCUUGCCCAAAGUCAGCGGACAGAAACUUUUCAGGAUCACCAAAUGUGGAUAAGCAGUGCUCAAACCCGCAUAGGAAAUGACAAAGUACAACUAUACAGUAGACACAGUUACAAGUUUAUUUUGAUUUGAAAAGAAAACACACACACGUGCAACAAGAGACGCAACAGGUAGACGCUAGUUCUGAUUUGGAAAAAACAGUUCCAAGGCCCAGUUUUACAAUCUGUAUUUUCAAUCUGGAUUAAAGUGAUCCCAUCAGUAGGGUGGAUUCAGUGUGCAUGUCAGACCCAAAAUGUAGUGAAACCUUAAGAUGGUAUCAAAUAAUAUUACACAUUUUGCUCAUGCAGUGUAGCCCAAACCCUUCACAGUCGUGCACCCCUUCACACAUCUGACUGGAAGUCAUGUACCCCCUCCUCCUGCACACUUCAAAAACAAAAACCACACAAUCAAACAUCAAUGACAUACAGUAUUAUUCAAUGUAUUAUGACAUAAAAAAGUAAUGUGUCUUAUUUUUCAGCUGCACACAUACGCUACUUGUCUUCUGUUUGGUGAAUUGAUUAAUAUUACAAAUGAUCACUGUUGUUAAUGAUAUAUUACAUUACAUUAAAUGGUGACAAGCUGUGGUAAGAUGUGGUGACCUGUGACCUUGAUUCUCUUUUGCAGUGCUUUGGUCUGCGACAACGUGACAUGUGGUAACUAUAAUGACAACCAAGGCACGUAAACCACUUUACCAAUGUACACUUGCGCACUUAUCUAAAUACCACCAUUGUACUAGUCAUAUACGUUAUGGUAGUAUAUUUUAAA